AUGGUUUCCAACUACAGAUCAAACUCCAAGCGAGCAGCCCUGCUGAAUGCUGUGUGCCUGUCAUUAUUGGCUUCUCCGGCGAUAGGAUUCACUACUUUCUCCUCAAGUCCAUCAACGACUGCUCUCCAACUGCACACUACCAUGAAGAGAGUCAGAACCACAUCUCAGACAACUAUAUUUGCUCGAUCUUCAGUAAAUGGAAUGGCACAAGCGGAAUUAUCAAGUCCUUCUGAAACCAAUCGACUUAGCUUGGAAGAAGAAAAAGAGCUCCUUCGUCAGGCCGUCGAAAUGCGACGAAUCACCAAGAUUGAAUCUGACAUGACGAUGCGAUCCGCUGGCCUCAACAAACCACUUCUAUUGGAACGCUCUCGAGCUGCUGGAUACGGUGAAGACCUCGAUGCUUAUGAAAGCGCCAUUCUUGAUGGCCAACAGGCACGAGACCUCCUCGUCACUCGAAACAUUGGAUUGGUCCACUACAGCAUCAAACAAAUUGUCGGGCAACGAAGGCACCUGAAUUCAUUGUCCAGAGAAGAUUUGGUGCAAGAGGGAUCCAUCGGUUUGGCCCGAGCCGUGGAUCGCUGGAACCCAGAAAUUGGGGGUCGCUUUUCCACCUACGCCGUCUACUGGAUCCGUGCUUCUGUCCUCCGAUGCAUUGCCGAACGAGACGACAUGCUCCGUGUCCCAGUCCAUGUAACGCAAUCCGUCAAAAAUAUUGAAAAGGCAGCCCGACGAAUUGGUAUUGAUCUGACCAACGACAGCUGGCGAGAAGCCAAUUCUGCCAAGCAACUCGCUGAAGAGGCUGGCCUUUCCGUCAAGAACUUUGAAGAUGCCAUGAAUGUCCGCAUGCGCCGAUUGGGUGGAGGAUACACAUCCUUCGAAUGCUACAUGCAAAAGGGCAAGCAAAUGGCCUCGGACGUUUUCACCCUCAGAGAAGAGGAAGAACAAGAAAUGUCCAAUAUUCAAGUGGAUCAACUCAAGUCCACUCUGUCAAAAUACUUGCGACCCAAGGAAAUGGAAGCCAUCAGUUGGCGAUACGGCUUGGUCAAGUCUACCUCCAACGAAAGUCCCAAACAAAAAGCCAACCGCUAUCUGGCCGAAAUGGAAGAAGAAUUGUUUUGCCAAACGCCCGCUGCCCGAGAAAAAAUGGUCACGAAGGGAAAAUGGGGCGAAGCCAUGAGCUUUAGCGAGGUUGGCAAGCACAUGAAAGUGUCGGCUGAAUAUGGCCGCCGGCUGUGUCAUGCUGCAUUGAAGAAGCUACAACAAGCAGCCGAAGAAGGCAAAUUGGAACCUGCUUUGCUCAUGUAA